AGAUAAACGUUAAGCCGCAAUUAUUGUUAGUUUAAUAAUAUUUAACAAUAAUAGCUGAAAUAUGAAUUUUUGUAUUUUGAUUUUAUUCUUAUUAUUAACAUUUUUAAAUCACAUUAUUGCUAACAGCCACAGUGGAGAAUUCGAAUAUCGAGGGAAUGUAGCUUAUUCUGAUGUCUCCCUGUUGAUAUCAGAAACUGGACCUGACGAUGUAUCUCUACGAUAUUGUGCUUCAGAGUGCUACAAAAACGUAGACUGUAAUGCUGUGGAAUUGUGUUCUUUUCCAACAAAACAUGUUUGUCGACUUAGUAGAAGCAUCAGCUCAUCCACUGUAAUUGGGCAGGGCACUUGUUCACGUCAUGAAUUGAAAGAUGAUUGUGACGUUGGUUCUUUCUACAAUCGACGGACCAAUAAAUGUCAAUGCGCAAUAGACUGUGAUUGCGAUGCCGCCGUACUACCUAGUGGAGAAGUUUUAUCAAAAUCAGUGACCAUCGACGGACAAACGUUCUUAACGAACUGUAUUAAUACAAGUGGACAUGUAUGGACGAUGAUACAGAGAAGGAUGGAUGGUUCGGUUAACUUCUACAGAGGGUGGAAUGAUUACAAAAAUGGAUUUGGUGACGUUGAUUCUGAGUUUUGGAUCGGACUUGACAAUAUCCGCCGACUCGUUCAGAGUGGCUAUACUGUCUUGCGCGUGGAACUAGAGGACGGAAUGGCGUCUGCUUUUGCUGAGUACAACAGUUUCUCCAUUGCGGGGGAGGAGGACAACUAUAGAAUACUUGUACAUGGUUACUCCGGGACUGCAGGUGAUGGCAUAUCGUGUUCAACUCAGUUUUGCAACAACAAUGCUCCUUUUUCUACCUUCGACAAUGACAAUGACGGGUCGCCAACACAAAAUAACGCCGCAAAUUGGCUCGGGGCCUGGUGGUACCACACUGGUCACAUGUCUAACCUUAAUGGGGAGUACGGAAAUGUCAACCACGGACAGGGGGUUACUUGGACCCCUUACAAAGGGUGGACAGUUUCACUAUCUGGUGUCAGAAUGAUGGUUCGCUUAAACUGAACGUUUUUUUGUUACGAUUUUGUUAAGAUAUAAUUCAUAUCUCUCUCUCUCUCUCUCACUCUCUCUCUCUC